CGCGUGCGUGGACGAUUAAGUUCUUUAACACAACAUCAUACGAAGACUUGUUAAACCAUUAAUUUUUUAACAGGAAAAAAAUUUGAGAGACAUUUGUUUUUAUGUAAAGAAAGAGCAAAUUUGGAGAGGAGAAAGGUCCAAAAGGAAUGGCUAAGAAAACAAAACCAUGGACACCCUGUCCUCAAUUUGAUGACAAGUCUCCCUCUCUCUCGUUUGGUCACAACUCAUAUAAACGACAACGUUUCAUUCCUAUAUAAUCUUCCUUGCUCUCCUCUUAUCUCUACUCAACACCACUCAAUUCAUCUUUCUCUUCCCUUGUUUGAUAUAAAAACCAACACACCCUUAAUCUUUUUUUCAUCUUCAUCAUAAUCCAAAUGCAUACAGAUAUACAUAUAUAGUUUCCUUUUUACAUAUGGCAAUGGUAUCCUCCACAACAAGCACCAUGACCAUGAGUAACCAAGUCAACAACAACAGUGAUAAAGGUGUACAAGAAGAUGCUCAUAGACACGAGAAUCAUGCCCAAAAUGAUGAUGAAGCUGAUGAUCAUGAUCAUGACAUGGUCAUGCCUGGAUUCCGAUUCCAUCCCACAGAAGAAGAGCUCAUAGAAUUUUAUCUUCGCCGUAAAGUCGAAGGCAAACGCUUCAAUGUAGAACUCAUCACAUUCCUCGAUCUUUAUCGCUAUGAUCCUUGGGAACUUCCGGCGAUGGCGGCUAUAGGAGAGAAAGAGUGGUACUUCUAUGUGCCAAGAGAUCGAAAGUAUAGAAAUGGAGAUAGACCAAACCGAGUAACGACUUCUGGGUAUUGGAAAGCCACUGGAGCUGAUCGGAUGAUCAGAUCAGAGAGCGCUCGGCCUAUCGGGUUAAAGAAAACCCUAGUCUUCUACUCCGGUAAAGCCCCUAAAGGCACUCGUACCAGUUGGAUAAUGAAUGAGUAUCGUCUCCCUCACCAUGAAACCGAGAAAUACCAAAAGGCUGAAAUAUCAUUGUGCCGAGUGUACAAAAGGCCAGGAGUAGAAGAUCAUCUAUCCUUACCACGCUCUCUAUCCACAAGACAUCAUAAUCAUACCUCAUCAUCUUCCCGCUUGGCCUUAAGACAACAACAACAACACCACUCAUCAUCAUCCAAUCAUUCAGACAACAACCUUAACAGCAACAACAAUCUUGAGAAGCUCUCAACCGAAUAUUUUGGCGACGGUAGCAGCAUAACCACCACAAACAGUAAUUCUGACGUCACUAUAGCUUUAGCCAAUCAAAACAUUUAUCGUCCAAUGCCUUAUGGUGUAAGCAACACACCAAUGAUCUCCACAACUAAUAAAGAAGAUGAUGAAAACGCAAUUGUUGAUGAUCUUCAAAGACUCGUUAACUACCAAAUAUCUGAUGGAGGUAGUAACAUCAAUCACCAAUACUAUCAAAUCGCUCAACAGUUUCAUAAUCAACAAGAGGUAAAUGCAAACGCGUUGCAAUUGGUGGCGGGGGCAACUACAGUGGCGCUAACGCCUCAAACGCAGGCGGCAUUAGCGAUGAACAUGAUCCCUGCAGGGACGAUUCCAAACAGUGCUUUGUGGGAUCUAUGGAAUCCACUAGUACCGGAUGGAAACAGAGAUCAUUAUACUGACUCUUUUCAAGGAAUUUAAUUAGAUUUUGAAUAGUUAUAUUUCUAUAUUAUAUACUCAUUAUUUAUUUCAAACAAGUUAGUUAUAGCUAGAAGAUGAUUGAUUAUUGCAAUUUAUGUAACGGACCAGAUCUUUUACGUAUGUAUCCUUUUUCGACGAAAUUUGAAUUUAUUAACUUGAAAA